AUGUUUAGUCGCUUCCGUCUUCGCCCUACCGACGCCAACUACUUUUGCUUCUUGUGGAGGGAGGUGGAGUCAGCUGAAACAAUCGUCUGCCGUAUGGAUCGCCUUCCGUUUGGAGCCACAUGUUCCCCUUUUAUCGCCAUCCAUACCUGCCGUCGAGCCGCGAUUGAUGCAAAGGCGGAUGAGAAAAUUGUGGAAGUCAUCAAGAAGAAGGUAUACGUCGACGACUAUUUAAGUUCAGCCAGUUCCGUCAGAAAAGGAUUGGAGGAAGCUGUUGUCGUCGAGAAGAUACUGUCCGCCGCCGAUUUGCAUCUCCAAGGGUGGAUUUCAAAUUCACCCGAAUUUGUCCAGUCAAUCAUGAAGCGCGACGCAUCAGAUUCAAGCAAAGCCACUCCGCCACCCAUCAGUCAUUCACUUUCGAAUACCGAGAGCGGUAAGGUGCUCGGCCUGGUUUGGAACACACUGACAGAUUCUCUAGGUUUCAGAGUGGAGAAUCUGGAGGAGAUUGAAUUCACCCGUGCCGGAAUCGCCAGCAAAGUGGCCAGCAUCUUUGAUCCUCUGGGAACGGCGGCCCCUUUAAUUGUAAAGGCGAAAAUUCGUUUACGAUCUCUCGGGAUGAAAGGAGUGAAUUGGCUUGGAGCAGUGGACGAGAGCGACGAGAGCUGGUGGAAGUGCUGGUUUGCUGUCGUCCGUCAACUAAUCAACACAUCUUUGGAUCGCUGCCUGUUUCCGGAAGAAAACGAGAUCGAGAAUUCACAGCUGCACACCUUCUGCGAUGCGUCCGAAGAAGCCUACGCCGCCGUUAUUUACGUUCGGAAUGCCUACCGUGACGGAAGGAUCCGCAUCCAUCAGAUCAAGGCCAGCAACAAGUUGGCGCCGAAGAAAACUAUUUCCGUCCCCAAGCUGGAAUUGAAUGCAGCUCUCUUAUGUUCCAGAUUAGCCAGAUUCGUCAGCAGCUCUAUUAGCCGCAAAAUCGAUAAUCGAUUUUUUUGGACCGACAGUAGCACCGUCCGGAACUGGAUCAGAGCCACAGCCUCUUACUACCAGGUUUAUGUAUCGAAUCGUGUGGGAGAAAUCCAGACGCUGACCGAGCCGGAAGAAUGGCGCUUCGUCCCGGGCAAGCUGAAUCCAGCAGAUGAAGCCACUCGAUCGGUCAUCGAAGAAGAAGGUCUCUCACAACGCUGGCUGAAUGGUCCCGAAUUUCUCUUCCAGCCGGGAUCAGAAUGGCCUCAAGAUCUUCCUUGGAUUGCUGUUCCGGACGAGAUGCGUACCUGCCGAACCUAUGCAGCUCAACUAGCAACAGAUGUUUCCGAUUGGUCCGACAUCCCACUGAAUCAAUCCAACAUCUCAGAAUUCCUCAAGCUGGAGGGCCCCUCCUACCAGUUGAUCGAGAGAUGCCAAAAGGAGAGUUUUUAUGAAGAGAUAAACUGUUUGAAGAAAGGAAAGGCUAUUCGUUCUACCUCCCAUCUCCUCCAGCUCAGCCCAUUUUUAGGACCGGAUAAUUUAUUACGUUUGGGCGGGCGGAUUGGCCACGCAAAAUUGCCGUACGACUCCAUCCAUCCACCGAUUCUACCCAGUAAGCAUCCGCUGACGGAAAGGUUGAUUGCCGUUCUCCACGAGCACACACAUCAUGCUGGAACGAACUUUCUCCUCGCGAAGAUCAAUCAGCAUUUUUGGAUCGUGAGGGGGGGAGAAACUGUGAAGAAAAUACGGCAAACCUGUCCGGUGUGCAUUCGAGAGAGAGGUGCUCCUGUUGGUCAGCUAAUGGGAGAUUUGCCAGCCUUUCGUUUGGACUCUUACUCUCCGCCAUUUUCUCAUGUCGCCAUAGAUUGUUUCGGACCAUUGGAGACCAGCCCUGGGAGAAACAGAGUAUUCAAGCGUUACGGCGUCAUCAUUACCUGCUUGGUGACUAGAGGAGUCUUUUUAGCGCUCGCGGAAUCUCUCUCCACUGAAGACUUUUUGCUGGUUUUUCGGCGCUUCAUAGGUAUCUACACCAAACCUGCAACCGUCCACUCGGACAAUGGGACUAAUUUCGUGGGAGCCGAGAACGAGCUUAAUUCAUUUAUUCAAGAAUUGUCAAAGAGUGGAGCGUUUCAACAGUUCCUGAAGGUGGAAAAUAUCGACUGGCGUUUCCAACCUCCGCGUGCUCCUCACUUUGGAGGCGCACAUGAAAGUCUCAUUCGCUCAACAAAACGGGCGCUCUACCGGGCUCUGGAAAUCGAGAAGGCUGGUUUGCGGUAUCCGUCAGAUGAAAUGCUUCGUACUCUAUUGGCAGAAGUUGGUGGGAUGCUUAAUGCCCGUCCUCUAACUUACACCAGCACGGAUCCAGCGGAUUUUCGGCCUUUAACUCCAAACGAUUUUUUGAAUCGUCCGCCGACUUACGACUUACCGCCAGGAGAUUUCUCAGACGCCCUGCCCCGGGAGCGUUUUCGAUAUGUGCAACGCACAGCUCAACUCUUCUGGGACCUCUGGACCAAAUUUUACCUUCCAUCGCUCGUUCCGCGGAAGAAGUGGAAGACUAAACAGCAGAAUCUCGCUAUAGGAGACGUCGUGUUGAUGAUCGAUUCCAAUCAGCCCCGCGGUCAAUGGAAGCUCGGACAUAUAAUCAAAACUUUCCCUGGAGAAGACGGCCUGGUCAGAGUGGUCGAGGUCCAAGCCGACACCGGAAUUUAUAAGAGAGCUGUUCAUCGCCUGUGUCUUCUAGAACGUGCGCCGAAGGAUUCCUCUACGAUCGAGAAUAGUCAAGCUGAUCCAGCGGAGGCGAGUAGGAAGAUCUCAACUGCUCAUUGUCAUCGCCUCAGAGGUUAUUAUUGUUCUAUUUCACCGUAA